CACAUCAAAAUAACCCAUUUUUAUAUUGGACUGCCCUGACUAUUCACUACUGAAUUUAAACAAAAAAACAGAGCAUCAACCAUUUCUGACAUCUCACCCUAUCCUCCCAUUCGAGAUUAGAGAUGCAAAAAAAGUUAGUAUAAACACAAACCCAACUCAUAAAACAAAAUCUACUACCACCAUCGUACGUAUACAUACAUGAAAAACCAUGUGGUCAUCGUUGGCACGCAAAAGCCGAACCAUCAUGACAUGCCUAUUCCUCGGUACUCACCAAUCCUCACUCCCUCUCAUUUUUAACUCCAACGUUCUGAAACCUUCUCGCUCUUUCCACCACAACGCUCUCUCCAAUAAUAAACUCUCCCCGGCAUUUCUCACUCCAAUUCCGAGUCUUUCAAUUCGUGCAUUUUGUACAAAGCCCAGUGCAAAGAUGGCAGACAGAGCGGUUCAAAUUCAAAACCCAGACUCUAUAUCUUAUCUCACGCAACGUGAAGCCGCCGAGAUCGAUGAGAUCCUCAUGGGUCCUCUCGGGUUUAGCGUCGAUCAGCUUAUGGAAUUGGCUGGCUUAAGCGUAGCUGCAUCCAUAGCAGAGGUUUACAAACCGAGUGAGUAUAAACGUGUGCUCGCAAUUUGCGGUCCUGGGAACAAUGGUGGUGAUGGACUCGUGGCUGCUCGACAUCUUUAUCACUUUGGAUACAAACCGUCUGUUUGUUAUCCAAAGCGUACUCCCAAGCCUCUUUAUUCUGGUUUGGUCACUCAGCUCGAAUCACUGUCAGUCCCUUUCUUGUCAGUUGAAGAUCUUCCUUUGGACUUAUCAAAGGACUUUGACAUUCUAGUUGAUGCAAUGUUUGGAUUCUCAUUCCAUGGCACCCCAAGGCCACCUUUUGGUGAUCUUAUCCAAAGACUGGUUUCUUUACGAGAUCAUGAUCAAACACACCAAAAAUCCCCUGUUAUUGUCUCUAUAGACAUUCCGUCUGGGUGGCAUGUUGAAGAAGGAGACAUUGGUGGUGAAGGCAUUAAACCUGACAUGUUGGUUUCUUUGACUGCUCCAAAGUUGUGUGCGAAGAAGUUUUGUGGUCCACAGCACUUUCUAGGUGGUAGAUUUGUCCCACCAUCUAUUGCAGAUAAGUAUAAGCUUCGUCUUCCACCAUAUCCUGGCACUUCCAUGUGUGUCCGAAUUGGAAAGCCUCCAAAAAUUGAUAUAUCAGCUCUUAGAGAGAAUUAUAUUUCCCCAGAACUCCUCGAGGAACAAGUGGAGGCAGAUCCAAUUGAUCAGUUUUGCAAAUGGUUUGAUGAUGCAGUGGCUGCUAGCUUGAAGGAACCAAAUGCUAUGGCAUUGUCAACUGUUGGGAAGGAUGGAAAACCGUCAUCACGAAUAGUAUUGCUAAAAGGAGUUGAUAAGGAUGGUUUUGUCUGGUACACCAAUUAUGACAGUCGAAAGGCACAUGACUUAUCUGAUAAUCCCCACGCAUCACUGCUUUUCUAUUGGGAUGGUCUUAAUCGUCAGGUAAGAGUGGAAGGAUCUGUGCAGAAAGUUUCUGAUGAGGAAUCUGAGCAGUACUUUCAUAGCCGUCCUCGAGGAAGUCAGAUUGGAGCAAUAGUUAGCAAGCAGAGCACCGUAGUGCCUGGAAGGCAUGUUCUACACCAACAAUAUAAAGAACUGGAGGAAAAUUUUUCUGAUGGAAGUUUGAUUCCAAAACCUAAACACUGGGGAGGAUAUAGGCUUAAACCAGAGCUGUUUGAGUUUUGGCAAGGACAGAAGUCUCGCUUGCAUGACAGGUGGUUUUCAUCCCAUUUAUGAAAGGUUGCAGUAUUCUCCUCAUGAAAUCAAUGGACAACAAGUGUGGAAAAUUGAGCGGUUGGCUCCUUGACUAUAAGUUCAAUCUUCAUUCAAAGCAACUGUAGGUGAUGAACCACGACUUUGUGAGCGUACAUGUAUAUCCAAGAGUGAUUAGACUAAUGCAUAAUCUGUAGAGGAAAGCUUUUGAACAAAUCACACAGAUGGAUUCUUACAUAUCUUGUCAUCUUUAAAGUAUAAUUACCUCAGUUGUAAUGCCAUGAAUCUUCUAUGCAGGGUCUACAAAUCUUUAUUGUGUAAGGUCUACUUUAUUGUGGGACUGCUUCUGGGUAAUAAAAUGGAUCUGUGGAUCAAUGUUUUGAAAAUA